UGAAUGCUGAUAAGGCGUUUCUCAGGAAUCGUGGGGCUGCCUAACCACACCAAAAAAAAAGUUUCGAGGCGUAUUUGAUUGUUUUGGGCAUGAUACAGAUGUAUCAAAAAGGGGGACGCUGGUGAACUUUGACUGUACAUGGAGGGAGGCACUUACAUGUUACUAAUGACACGGAACUGGCUGGGAAUCGGCAGGAUUUAGGUACAUGUGUACCUUUGGGUAAAGCAUUCGUCGUUCGAGAUUACAGCCAGAGACUAUGGAACAGAAUGAAAUGAUUUACAUUGUACCCCACAAUGAAGAGGAAUACCCGCUGCUUGAAGAUAAUGAUAUUUUGAAUAAAGUUGACUUUGUCUUAGUAGCACCAAAAGUAGAAAAUGGAAAAGACAAAAAGGAAACUAACAGGAAGUGUUAUCUGAGAAAAGUGAGAGAAAAAGGCUUUCGGAUCAUGAGAAAAGAAGAUAACCACAAUUUGUAUUUUGGAAUUCAAGCCUGCGAAGAAAUCUUUGACAAAUACAUACAGCACCUAAAACUUUCAGAAAGAAAAUAUGACAAUGAGUUGAAAGAAAUUUCAAAAGCAACAAGAAUUCGAAUUAUCAAUUUCAUUCUUUGGAAGAUAAGAUAUUCAACGAACAAUGGAAAUGAUAACAGUCUGAAUGCUAAAAACUCUCUACGCAAAUUACUGGAUGAUGGUACAUUCAAAGCAGUCUUCCCACUUCAUGAGAAAUGCUGCUGUAGAAGCCAUGAAGUCCAUGGAUCAAAAGAGCAAUGUUGGCUUUGUAAGGAUGGCAAUUGGCAGAAAGAACGCAAAUUGCGCUUUGAAUGGGCUGAGUGGAGAUGCUUAUUUAAGAAACAACCAAUCGAAGAAAUAAGGGAGUACUUUGGAGAGCGAAUUGCCCUCUAUUUUGCAUGGCUUGGCUGGUACACCACCCUGCUGAUUCCUGCUGCUGCAUGUGGAGUCAUAGUUGUUCUGUAUGGGCUUAUAUAUUUUGAAAGUAAUCAAGUGAGCAAGGAAAUUUGCAAUAGUACUGGAAUUAUCAUGUGCCCACUAUGUGAUAAACGUUGUCAAUAUUGGAGGCUCAAUGAGACAUGUUCCUAUGCCAAGAUCACACAACUAUUUGACCAUGAAGGGACAGUUCUUUUUGCAAUGUUCAUGGCAAUCUGGGCUACUGUAUUUUUGGAACUGUGGAAACGAGCCCGAGCAAGAUCUGUCUGCUCAUGGGAUUUGUACCACUGGGACGAGGACGAGGAGGAACUGGCGCUUGGGCUAUUAUACAAUCCUGAUGUCAAUGUUAAAGAAUAUCACCAUUCAUACAAACGCACAACAAUCGUUAUGUUGCUAGCAUGUAUUCUGAUCACUGUUAUUAUUGGUCUUUCACUUGGAAUUGUGAUAUGUCGGGUUAUUGCUGCUGUGACGUUCACAAAGUCUGGUUCAGAAUUUCUGAGUGAUCAUGCCAGAUCAAUUGCUGUAAUGGUUGGUGCUGUAUUGCAUUUCUUCACAAUUCUCAUCAUGACUAAGAUUAAUCGUAAAGUUGCAAAGAAGUUAUGCGAUUUAGAAGGACCACGCACUGCACUGGCUCGAGAAAAUAACUUCAGUAUAAAAAUGUUCACGUUCCAGUUCUUUACAAUGUUCUCAUCAAUCGUUUAUAUUGCAUUUUUCCUGGGAAGGAUUAAUGGCCACCCAAAUGGUUACGUAAGAAUAGCAGGACAGUGGCGACUGGAGGAAUGCCAUCCAAGUGGCUGCAUGACAGAUCUCUUCAUCCAAAUGGCUGUUGUAAUGAUACUGAAACAAAUUCUGAGCAGCUGUGUGCAGUACGCUGUACCAUCCCUGAAAUAUCAAUGGAAAAAAUACAACAAAAAAAACACAGACAAUGAUGUGAUGGAUGCAACAACAAAACACUGGGUCAAAAACUACAACCUGAGCCACGUCGACUCUUAUAGUUUAUUCAAUGAGUUUUUGGAAAUGGCCAUUCAGUAUGGUUUCACCACAAUAUUUGUUGCAGCCUUCCCACUGGCUCCGUUACUUGCACUUCUGAACAAUCUAUUUGAAAUCCGAUUGGAUGCCAGAAAGAUGCUUGUGCUUCAAAAGCGACCAAUACCACGAAAAGCAAAAGAUAUUGGGAUAUGGGUACGUCUGCUGGAGGUGGUUGGUGUGUUGGCUGUCAUUGGCAAUGGGUUGGUGAUCUCGAUCACUUCAGAUUUUAUUCCUCGAUUGGUUUACAAGUAUGGAUAUGGGCCAUGUGCAUUUGAAAACAAUUCAAAUGUUAACUGUAUGAUAGGAUAUGUUAAUAGUAGCCUCUCUGUGUUCUACGUGGAAAACUUUAAGCAAACAGAUCCAAAGGACGAUGGGUUAAAAUCACUUGGGUUCCAAGUAACAUAUUGCAGAUAUCGUGAUUACAGAACCGUUGAUGACUAUAAGUACACAGUCCAGUUUUGGCAUAUUUUUGCUGCACGUUUGGCCUUCCUGAUUUUAUUUGAGAACAUUGUUAUUUGCAUCAAGUACAUUGUAGCUUGGUUUGUGCCUGAUACGCCAACUUCAGUGAGAAACCACAACCUACAGAAAACAUUUAUGCGACUACAGAAAGAACUGGAGUUGUCAAGAGAAAUCCCUAAUUACUCAAAUACUAAUGCGUGGAAAUAUCAAUCAACAGAUGUUUGAAGCUUUAGACAUAUGCUACCAGUGAGAUGUUAAUGUGUUUUGGUUGACUGAGAACUGCUUUGAUAAUAUAUUGACUUAGAUUAUGGAAGUUAUCUGAAGAGAAGAUUUUUGAAGGAACGGGAAAUCACUGAUUAUUCAACUGAAUCUUUCCAUUUAAAGGACGUUUAUACUUUCAUUGAAAUUGAAUUGGUGCUAAAAGCACCUUUUUUUAAACAUCUCAUGCAAAUCAAUAAUCAUUUGUUAUAUUGCUUCAUUGUCAUGUUUAUUGACAAAAUGUGUCCCAGAUUGAUAUUAGCAAUACCUCAGAAGAACAGACUUUGAAAUUAACUCUUCAUGAACGACAAUCCUAGAUGAUUGUAUUGCAUGGCAAUAUUUAAAAAUGUAUUUAAAUUCUCUACAACAAACGAGAAAUUCUUAACGCCUUCGGUCCCUAACCAGGAGUAUCUCAUAACUAUGAGCUUCACAGUUUGGAUGAUUUUCUUUUCAUUGGGAUAUAAACUUCCAGGGGAUCUUUGUCGACAGAUUGUUAUGUUUUUCACUUAACCUCUUCUCGAAGUGAAGCUGACUCGAGGUUUGGAAUUGUAGUUUCAAAGAGAUCUUUCCUAUUCAUGUUCUAACCAAAAGUAUAUGCACAACACAUAAUUUAUUUUUGCCUGCCAGCAAAAGAUUGGAUUCUUUUUUCCUAGAUGAUAGGUGGUAUUAGAUAAUCUGGUAUUUUAAAGUUAUUUUGUUUUUAUUCACAGUUUUGACCCAGAUUUCAAAUUGGAAAUUUAGAUGUGUUGAUGCCAAUUGGCACCUAAUACACUAUAAAGAUAAAGCUCUGGUUAUUAAUAGAACCAAUGUUCCUUCUAUGCUACUUCCAGCUAUGGAAGCCAAGGUCACACAUGGACCUCAAAAGUCCAUACAGUAAAAGAAAUUGCAUAGAAUUGUUGAAUGUAGAUAUUGAGAAACUGUUCCUAGGUGAACUGUCAAAAGGUAGAGAUAAAUGGCAAAAGGACCAUGGAGAUGUGAGGAAAAUAUUUUUAUGCAUUACAUGGUUAGAAUCUGAAAUGCCCUGCUUAAGAAUGUGGUGGAACCAUAUCCAUAUGUAACUUCCAAAAAGAGAAUUGGAUAUUUAUCUGAAAGAGAAAAAAAAAUCCAGAGCUACGAGGUAAAGCUGGGGGAGUAAGAUUGACAAGUUGCUCCUGCAGAGUUGGCACUGAUGUGAUGACAAAAUGACCUCCUUUUCAGCAACAAUGGUUCUUCUAAUGUUUGUUGCUGAGAUAGAAAACCAUUGACCAGAUUUUGCAAUUGUGAAAUAAGAGAUAUACAGGUAAAUACAAAAGGUUGAGCAGUGUGGGAGGAAGAAGGAUGUCUUGAUAAGCAUGUUGAUAAAUGAAGGUGAAAUGAGGCUUAUGUUUGACAUAAAUGGCUUUGGACUGUUACCUGUUUCUAGAAUCCCUACAGUGUGGAAACAGGUCUUUCGGCCCAAGUCCACAGCAACCCUCCGAAGUGUAACUCACCCAGACCCAUUCCCCUACCCUAUUAUUCUAUAUUUACACCUAACCUAUAUAUCCCCAAACACUAUAGACAAUUUAGCAUGGCCAAUUCACCUAACCUGCACAUCUUUGGAUUGUGGGAGGAAACUGGAGCACCUGGAGGAAACCCCACAGGGAGAUCGUGCUAACUCCACUCAGACAGUCACCCAAGGAUGGAAUCAAACCUGGGUCCCUGGCACGGUGAGGCAGCAGUGCUAACCACGGAGCCACUGGGCGGGAAUGAUGAGGGGCUUAUGCCCAAAACAUCGAUUCUCCUGUUCCUCGGAUGCUACCUGACCUGCUGCGCUUUUCCAGCACCACACUUUUCAAUUCAGAAACUGAACUGUAACAGUCAUAUUAAUAGUGUGGUCAUAAAAUAAAAUCAUGGGUUAGGAAUUCUGAGGUAGAUAACUCACUUCCUGACUACCAGAGCUGCUCCACCAUGUUCAAAGCAUGAGUCAGGAUUGUGGUAGAAUACUGUCCACCUGCCAAGGUGCCUGCAGCUCUAACAAGAUGCUCAACAGUAUACAAAACAAAGCACCUUGACUGGCACUCAUCUAUCACAUUUAACAUUCUCUUCCUCAGCCACUGAUGUGCACUGGAAGAAGUUUGCACCAAUCUAAAAGAUGGCAUUACAGCAACUAGGCAAGAUGCCUUCAACAAACUUUUCAAACCAAGCAGGAUAAGGGUGAUUGAGGCAUGGGAAUAUCACCACCUGCAUGUUCCCCCUCAAGUCAUGCAGCAUAUUGCCACUCUUCAACUGUCCUUGGAUUAAAAUCCGGAAACUUCCUUCUUAACAGCACUGUGGAUAUGCCUUCAGGACCUGAACUGCAGUGCUUCAAGAACAUGGGCCUCCACCGUCUUUUCAAAGGCACUUAUAGAUGAGCAAUAAAUGCUAGCCUAAUCAGCAAUGUCUAUAUCACUUGAAGGAAUAAAUGAAAGAAAAUUUUAAAUCUCAACCAUGCUAUACUGUUUGCCUGUAUGCAACAGGGGGUGGAGUGUGGGAAUGAAUUAUUUUCCAUCACCUCAUUAGUGGCAGAUAUCUAUCAGGUAUUUCCAGUAGAAAAUCAAGCACAAUUUCUUUGGCUGCCAAUUGCAUCUGAAAUUUUUAGUAUGUGCUGUUGCUGUCCAAAGUUUCCUACUGGUUGUGUAAACUUGAAAAAUACUCCCAGAAUGUCUCCUUCAAUUUCUGGCAAAGACUUCAAACUCUUCUACACUUGCUGAGCUGUUAAAACAUGCAGACAGUUAUAAUUGAUGCUUAAGAUACUUGUAUAAUAA